CGCACAAUCUCACAAGCCUCUUCCUAGCUUCUCCAAUUUAUAUUCGCCUUUAACAUUGAAAGCAUAGGCACCAUGGACGGAGCAAAACAAACUCCACACAUUGUCAUUCUACCUUCUCCAGGAAUGGGUCACCUCAUCCCCCUUGUCGAGUUUGCAAAGAAAUUCGUCCAUGCCCAUGAUUUCUCCAUCACAUUCACAAUCCCAACUGACGGUUCUUCAACCAAAGCCCAGAAAGAAGCCCUGGAUAGCCUCCCCAACUGCAUCAAUACUGUCUUUCUCUCACCAGUUAACCUUGAUGACCUCUCCAAGGAUGCAAAGGUCGAAACUCGUAUCUACCUCACGAUACUCCGUUCCCUCCCUUCACUACGUGAAUCUCUUAAGGUCUUAACUGCCACAACUUCCAUCGCUGCCUUGGUUGUUGAUCUCUUCGGCACUGACGCAUUUGAUGUGGCUAGGAAAUUCAAUGUUCCUUCUUAUAUCUUCUUCCCAACAACGGCCAUGGUGUUGUCGUUGUACCUCCAUUUGCCCAAGCUCAACGAGUUGCACUCUUGGGAAUAUAGAGACCUACCUGAACCAAUUAAAUUGCCCGGAUGUGUGCCACUUCGAGGAAGAGAUUUGAUGGACUCACUCCAACACAGACAAAGUAAAGUAUAUACAUGGACUUUAUACCAUUCCAAGCGUUUCAAAUUGGCUGAUGGUAUCCUGUUAAAUAGCUUCACGGAGAUGGAAGCCGGUGCUAUUAAGGCUUUGAAGGAAGGUGGAGACCCGAGUGUGCCACCUAUAUACCCAAUCGGACCACUAACACAAAAUGGUUCAGGGGAUGGUGCUGAUAUUUCUGGGUGCCUUAGGUGGUUGAACAAUCAACCUACUAAUUCUGUCUUGUUUGUUUCAUUUGGGAGUGGUGGUGCCCUCUCAAAGGAGCAAUUGAAUGAAUUGGCAUUGGGAUUGGAACUUAGUGAGCAACGAUUCUUAUGGGUUGUCAAGAGCCCCAACACCACCUAUCUAGGCGCCCAAAGCACUAAAGAAGACCCUUUGAGUUUCUUACCAAAGGGUUUCUUAGAGAGGACCAAAGGAAGGGGUUUGGUUGUACCCUCAUGGGCUCCUCAGAUACAAGUGCUUAGCCAUGUUUCGACGGGAGGAUUCCUCACCCACUGUGGUUGGAACUCAAGCUUAGAGAGUGUAGUUCAUGGGGUACCAUUGAUUGUGUGGCCACUCCAUGCAGAACAAAAGAUGAAUGCAGUGAUGUUGGUUGAGGAUCUGAAGGUGGCUUUGAGACCCAAAGUUGAGAAGAAUGGAAGAGUUGGGAGAGUGGAGAUUGCUAGGGUGGUGAAGUGCUUACUAGAAGGGGACAAAGGGAAGAGGAUACAGAAUAGAAUGAGAAUUCUCAAGAACGCAACUACUAAGGUGUUAAGUGAAGAGGGGUCCUCUAGAAAAUUACUCUCAGAAGUAGCAGACAAAUGGAAGUCCCAUGUCGGAAUAUGA